GCGAGAGUGACAAUAAACCCUCAAUUUCAGGCGCAGAAGAUCGAGGAAGAAACCUUGCAGGCAAACAAUGAGAGGAAGAGGCAUUUCAAUCCCUACCAAUUUCAUCGGUAAUCAUGCUCAAAGGUCUUCCUUCUUCUCUCCUUUCUCCACUUCUUCCGGCGGAGGAGGGCGCGGCAGCGGUCGUGGCCAGAUCUUCACUCCCGGCCAAUUCUCCUUCACCAAUGAGACACAGAACGCAGACGAGGAGAAGAAACCUGAUGCGGCGGCUGGCAAGCCCGAGCAGCCGCCGCCGCGGGAAGCUGGAGGACAAGGUCACGGCCGCGGGAAGCCUCUCGCAUCUGGGCCGGUUUUCCCGGAGUUCUCUUCCUUCAUCUCUUCCCUCAAGCAGACGGCUGCAGCUCCCGGCGGAAGCGGCGGCGGCAUCGGACGCGGGAGCGGGAGAGGCUUUGGUGGGGAGGUACCGCGGUCGGAGAAGCCUGCGCCUGGUGCUCCGGCUGCGGGUACUCCGCCAGGAAGAGGCUCUGUUCUUCCGGCGAAGGAGAGCUAUCUGCCUUCCAGUUUGAGGUCUACACUGCACAGUUUCGGCCGCGGGAAAUCUGAUGCGCCGGUGGUGGCAGAAGGAAUACCGGAGAAGGAAGUGAACAGGCAUAUUCGUAGUGCUAGGGUGAGCCCGAGAGCAGAGGGUGACGAUGGUGAUGGUGAUGGAGCUGGCGAGCAGAUUCAGAGAAGGCCGAGGUUUAGCCAGGAGGAGGCAGCGCGGCGAGGUGGAGACGAGGGAGGUGAAGGGAGGAGAAGAGGUGAUGGCGAAAUGCAGAUGGGGCGUGGCCGUGGUACUGGUAGGGGGCGAGGAAGGGGAAUGGGGAGAGGGAGAGGGAGGGGAAGGGAGAGGGGAGAUUUUGGCGGUGGAAGGGGAAGGGGACGGCAGAGGGAUCAACUGGCUGCUGAUGAUGAUUCAGAGGGCGAGGACUUUGCUCUAGGAAACAAGGCUGAUGGAGAGAAACUGGCACAAACUGUUGGUGUUGAGUUCAUGAACCAGCUUGUUGAUGGGUUCGAAGAGAUGGGUAGUAGAGUUUUGCCAUCACCUCUUGAGGAUGAAUUCUUGGAUGCAUUAGACACCAACUUCAAGAUUGAGUUUGAGGAAGAAUACCUUAUGGGAGAAUUUGAUCAGAACCCAGACAUUGACGAGAAACCACCUAUGCCCAUACGGGACAUGUUGGAGAAAGUGAAGCCAUUCUUAAUGUCCUAUGAAGGAAUCCAGAAUCAAGCGGAAUGGGAGGAGGCAGGUUGAAGAAACAAUGAAGAACUGUGCCAUUAUUGAAAAAGAUAGUUGAGCACUACAGUGGACCUGAUCGGGUAACAGCAAAACAACAACAACAAGAGCUGGAAAGAGUUGCACAAACCAUUCCUGCUGCUGCUCCUCCUUCUGUGAAACGUUUCGCUGAUCGAGCCGUUCUUUCUCUUCAGAGCAAUCCCGGGUGGGGGUUCGACAAGAAGUGCCAGUUUAUGGACAAGCUAGUAAUGGAAGUAUCGAAAAGUUAUCAAUGAUUAUUAGUACGAUUGCUGCAGCAGUUCGGGGGCGAGCUCAUUUCUCAUCAUUCUCUGGAUACCGUUUCAAUUUUAUGAUAUCAUUCUCUGGAUACUGUUUCAAUUUUAUGAUAUCAUUCUCUGAAUUUGUUCAAUUUGCUCUGGGAAACCCCAAGGAUAGUAGAUUUUUCAUAAUGGUUGAUAGUCAGUAGUCAGUUUUAUUUUAUCACUACUGUAAACUCACGAGGGAUUUGGUGAUGAAAAUACAAGUUAUCUUUAUCCCACUAGCUUUGACCCUGCCCUUUGGGCAGGUAACUUUUGUGUAAUAUGGCCAUCAAAGUAACAAAAUGCCAAUUAGAGUCCUCUGAA